AUGUCUCAGUUGUACAAAUCGGAUCUCAAGGACGACUUCGUCGACACCACGCUAGAGGAAAAACGGCUCCACGAGAACAAAACCCACGAAAAGUACUGGCUCAAAUGGGGCCCCUACCUCAGCGAAAGGGCGUGGGCCACCGUCAGAGAGGACUACUCGCUCAACGGCGACGCAUGGUCCGACUUCCCCUUCGAACACGCAGCGUCGCGUGUGUUCCGAUGGGGUGAAGACGGCAUCUUUGGCGUCUCUGACAACCGACAGCUCAUCUGCCUCAGCCUGGCAAUGUGGAAUGGCCACGACGACAUUCUCAAAGAGCGCAUGUUUGGCGUAACGGGCCCCCAGGGAAACCACGGCGAGGACGUCAAAGAGCUCUACUAUUAUCUCGAUAGCACUCCCACACACUCGUACAUGAAGGCCCUCUACAAGUACCCCUUCGCGCGCCCGUUCCCUUACAAGGAGCUUGUGGAAGAGAACGGAAAGCGUGGCUACCAAGAUCGCGAGUUCGAGAUCUACGAGAUCGACAACCUCUUCACCAGCGAGGAACAUGGCGACAAGCCCUACUUCGACGUGGUGUUCGAGAUGGCAAAAGACGACGAAAACCCCAACGAACUGAACUUCCGUAUCACCGCCUACAACCGAAGCGACAAGCGCGCCGGAGAACUCUAUCUCAUCCCCCAAGUUUUCUUCAGAAACACCUGGAGUUGGUGUCGGAAAACCGCCCACAGACCUUCUCUGCAACAGGGUGGAGCCAAUUUCAUCAGCCUAGACUCCGAGAAAUAUGGCAAAAGAACUGCAAUCUUCGCGCCUUCUCCUGGUGGCUUCGACGAUGACGAUAUGGACACCGAUGACAUUGAGCCUCAAUUGCUGUUCACAGAAAACGAGUCCAAUUUGGAAAAACUGUUCGACAGCGGGCCAAACCCUGCGCGUUUUGCCAAGGACGCGUUUCAUGAUUACAUCAUCGACGGCAAAGCUGAUGCUGUAAACCCGGACAAGGAAGGCACCAAGAGUUGCGCCGUUUAUCACUUCCCCAAAGUACCUCCGGGCGAGUACGUCACAGUCAGAUACAAGUUCACAGACCAGGAUCUUUCCCAAUGUGAAGGGGACGAAUUGGUCAUCGAUGAAGAAGAGUUUGACGCAGUCUUUGACCGUCGCGAAGAGGAGGCCGACAACUUCUACUGGAAGAUUACACCUUUGCACAUUAGCAACGAGUUGAGGCGUGUCCAAAGACAAGCAUUCGCAGGCCUUAUGUGGUCCAAACAAUUUUACCAUUUCAUUCAAGACCAAUGGUACAACGGAGACCCAAGCGUCAAACCACGUCCACCUCCAAACCGCGCAAAUGGCAGAAACAAGGACUGGAAACAUAUGUACACCGACGACAUUUUGUCUCUCCCAGACAAAUGGGAGUACCCAUUUUUUGCCUCUUGGGAUACAGCAUUCCACUGCAUCCCCUUGGCCAUGAUCGAUCCCGAGUUUGCUAAAAGGCAACUGGAUUUGCUGACACGCGAGUGGUACAUGCACCCCAAUGGCCAGAUUCCCGCUUACGAAUGGAAUUUUAGCGAUGUCAACCCGCCAGUUCAUGCGUGGGCCGUCUAUCGUGUAUUCAAGAUCGAAAGAAACAUGUACAAGCGUGAGGACCGUGUGUUUUUGGAGCGUGUCUUCCAGAAAUUGCUUUUGAACUUCACAUGGUGGGUUAACCGUAAGGACUCGCACGGCCAAAAUAUCUUCGAAGGUGGUUUUCUGGGACUAGAUAAUAUUGGUCUCUUUAACAGGUCCGAACCGUUACCAACAGGUGGCACUUUGGAACAAGCAGACUCUACUGGCUGGAUGGCAUUUUUCAGUCUACAGAUGUUGAACAUAGCGCUAGAACUUGCCAAGCAAAAUCCAGUUUAUGAAGAUAUCGCAUCCAAGUUUUUUGAGCAUUUUAUCCUUAUAAGUGAUGCAAUGUCAUUCCAUUAUGUGAAGGAUACCACACAGGACGAAUUUCAAGAAGAAAUCAAAGAAUCUUUAUGGAAUGAAGAGGAUGAAUUCUAUUAUGACGCGAUAUCUUGGGGAGGCCCCUUUAAGCAACAAUUACCUAUCAGAUCUCUUGUUGGAUUGAUUCCUUUGUAUGCCUGUAUGACGUUGGAGCCCCAAAUAUUAGAUAAAUUCCCCAGCUUCAAAAAGCGAGUAGACUGGUUCAUUAAUAAUAAAGGUGACAUUUUUGGUCGUAACAUAGCCUCCAUGAAAACGAGAGGUAUAGGCGAAAGGCUACUACUUUCCCUUGUUACAAAGGAAAGACUAGUUGCAAUUUUGCGCAGAAUGCUUGACGAAACUGAGUUUCUGUCAGACUACGGAAUUAGAUCCUUAUCCAAGUACCACGAGGAACAUCCAUUUGCAAUGGAUGUUGAUGGCGUCAAAUAUACUGUAAAAUAUUUACCUGGUGAAUCUGAUUCAGGCAUGUUUGGAGGGAACUCAAAUUGGAGGGGCCCCAUUUGGUUUCCAACCAAUUUCCUUUUGAUCGAAUCUCUCCAAAGGUUUUUCCUCUAUUACGGACCAGACUUUAAGGUGGAAUGUCCUGUGGGGUCAGGAACCUUCUUGAACCUUGCUGAAAUAGCCGAGGAACUAGAACAUAGGUUAACACACUUGUUUAUGCCCGAUGAAAAUGGUUUACGUGCGUGCUACUAUGGAGAGCAUCAAGAGAUGCUCUCUAAAGACGAAUAUUUCAAAGAUUUAGUUCCAUUUUUUGAGUACUUCGAUGGUGACACAGGUAGAGGUCUCGGGGCUUCACACCAAUGUGGCUGGACCGCAGUGAUUGCAAAAUGGAUUCAUGAUGCUGGUAUAUCAUGUAUUCGGUUGCCUCGUACAUCUAGAAGCUCUGUGUCACGGGCCAGUAUUGUGUCUGAAUCUUCAACGCCUACUGAACGUCCCUCGAUGCCUGUGAAGAUGACAAGACGGAAGUCUGCCAAAUCGCUUGUAAAUCUUACCGCUACACUUCUUGAUUUGACUGAGGAGGAAAAGAUGAUGCACAGAAUUGGGAGCGUGCCACAGGGCUUGUCGCCAAAGACAAGUAACACUGAAUCAAAGGAAAGCUCGGCUCCUUCGGAAGAGAAAGUAGACAAGAAACAAGAAGAGUCGUCUAUAACAGGUGUUGAACACAAUCCAAGCACCCAUGAGUCGGAAGCAAAGGUCAUCAGUAAGUUGAAGCAAAGGAUUAACAAAUUCCGACUAAAUCCCGAACCCGAGAGCCGGACUGAUAAGGAAGAGCUGAUGACAGACAAAUAG